UUGGGACGUUUUGUGCGCCGGUUUGACGGGAUCUUUGUGGCUUUGACGUCAGGUGAGUGCAGCCCACCGUCCGGCUGUCCGGAGCGCAGCUGCGUCUUUCUGAGACGUCCCGGGCACAAAAAUCGGAGACGCCGGACGCCGGACGCCGGACGCCGGACGCAGGACGCCAUGGCCGACUCCAGCCCGCCGUGGGGGUUCCCCCGCCUGCGCCGGGCCGCGACCUCGUUUCCCGGCAACCUGCACUUGGUCUUGGUGCUCCGCCCCAGCGGUUUGAUAAGCUCCACCCCCAGCCCCUCUUCCAGCACUGACUUGGGCUUUCGAUUUAGCCAGGAUGACUUCCUGUUAAAGAUGCCGGUGGUGAUGCUGCGUUCGGUGGGUGACCUGUUGCGCUACAUCGAUGAGAAUCACCUGACGUCGGACUUCACUGCCAAAGUGGAGUACUGCCAGAGCGACUGGCUGGUCCUCCGCUCGUCCAUCGAAACCUUUGCGGUGACAGUGAAGGACAUCGCCCAGCUGCUGCAGAGCUUUGGAUCUGAGCUGUCUGAGACCGAACUGCCAGAUGAGGCCAAUGCCAUCGAGUUCCUGCUGCACUCCCACACACAUCGAUACCGGCAGAUGAAGGAUGAUAUCAGAGGUGUGCUGAAGGAAGGACGUCUGCUGUCGUCUAACCUGGAAACGGUCAAAGCUGCCAAGAGGGAUGCAGAGGAAGAGAGAGAGAUCCAGUCAGAUAUGGCCACCGUUCAGAGGCUCCUGGCUCAGCUCAGAGACAUGGAAGAGGCGUUCGAUGGCUUCUUUGAAAAGCACCACCUGAAGCUGCAGCAGUACCUCCAGCUGCUCCACUAUGAAGUCAGCUUUCAGCAGAUGGACGAGGUGCUGGAGCGGCUCUCUGCCCAGGAGAAGGGGAUCGCAUCCGUGGGAACCACUGUGGUCCAAACAGAACAGCUACUUAAAGACCUGGACGUGCUGGACAAACAUGCUCAGGAGGAGAUGGCUCGGGCUCAGCUGGUCAUCCUUCACGGUCACCAGUUGGCGGCCAACCACCACUAUGCCCUGGCGCUCAUAGUCCAGCGCUGCAACGAGCUGCGGCACCUUUGCGACGUCCUCACCACGGCCAUCCGCACCAAACGGGCGUCGCUCAGCAGAACACGAGACCUGCUGCUGCGCCUCGAGGAGGCCCUACGUUGGUGUGAUGACGGCGCUUAUCUUCUGGCCAGUCAAAUGGUGGACAAGUUCCAGACCAGAGAGGGAGCUCAGGAGGCUCUGCAGUACCUGAGCUGCCACCAGGAGAGGGCGCCGUCUGCUUUAAAAAAUUGCCAGGACAUGCUAAGCUUUGAGUUUGAAGCGGUACUCACCCCACAGCUGGAGUCCCAGAUUACCAUGGUGACAGAAAAGAUGACCUCGAUGCAGUCUAUGAUCAGAAACAGAGAGCAGUGUCUGAGGAGACUGGCCGACGUACAGGUCCGGCCCAUACAGCUGGUGGCCCCCCGGCCCGAACUGGACCAGAACCCACAGCGCUGCAAGUCUCCCCUCUUCUCUCCUAAACACGGCUUUGGUACGGUGUUGCCUACAGGUGUGGACUUUAACGUCUUGAACUCCAAGUUCUCCUUUGACCUACUUCCUGGAAAAAGAGCUGCUAGGAGGAACAAUAGCCAGCGCAAGAUUGAGGUGAUGCACGAUUACCAAGGAAACCAAAGCUGUCUUUAUGGCUCCAAUCCUGAAACGGAUUCAGAGGCAGAAGAAAAUCCAGAGCAGGUGACACGCCACAUUAUGAAGGAGCUGAUAGCCACGGAGAGGAUCUAUGUGGAUGAGCUGCUCUCUGUCCUUCUGGGCUACAGGGCAGCGAUGGAAGACCCCUCCAUGUCCAAUCUCCUUCCACCAGCUCUGCGCAGUCAGAAGGAUGUUCUGUUCGGCAACAUGCCAGAGAUUUACCAGUUCCACAGCAGGAUCUUCCUCCAAGAUCUGCAGGGCUGCCUGGAGACACCGGAGAGGGUGGGGUCUCGCUUCCUUCAACGGAAGGAGAAGUUCCAGGUGUAUGAGCGUUACUGCCAAAACAAGCCUUGCUCUGAGUUGCUAUGGAGACAGUGUUCGGAUUCCACGUUCUUCCAGGAGUGCCAGAAGAAGCUGGACCACAAGUUAGGUCUGGAUUCUUACCUCCUGAAACCAGUCCAACGACUCACCAAGUACCAGCUGCUGCUUAAGGAGCUUUUGAAACACUGUGUGGAGGAGCGAUUCCGGACCGAGCUCCGGGAGGCGCUGGACUCCAUGCUGGAGCUGCUCAAGUCUGUCAACGACUCCAUGCACCAGAUAGCCAUCACCGGAUAUCAAGGGAAUCUGGGCCAGCUUGGCCGCGUUGUGCUGCAGGGCGGCUUCAACGUGUGGAUCAGCCAUAAGCGGGCGGCCGUGCGAAUGAAGGAGCUGGCCAGAUUCAAGCCCAUGCAGCGCCACCUCUUCCUCUACGAGCACGCCCUGCUCUUCUGCAAGCGCAGGGACGAGGACAACUACGACAGGACGCCUUACUACAGCUUCAAAUCCUGCCUCAGAAUGAGUGCAGUGGGCAUCACAGAAAGCGUCAAAGGAGAUGUGAAGAAAUUUGAGAUCUGGUACAGUGGCAGAGAAGUGGUGUACAUAGUUCAGGCUCCCACGGCUGAGGUCAAAGCUGCCUGGCUGACGGAGAUCCGAAAAAUUCUCACCAACCAGCAGAAGCUGCAGCAAGAUGGAGCUCCUUCUUUCCCUCUUCCAGACAACCCUCUCUCUGACAGUGCAUCAGAGAUGUGUGUGGCGUGGGGCAGCGCGUCGGUGGGAGGCUGCUCAGCGUGUCUCCCUGUUCCUCACAGCUCCUCCGCAACAAGCCACUCCCACAGGUUCAGAGGGGAGGAGUCCACGUACAGUAGCCCCGCCCACUCUGACCCCGUGGUUCACUCACCGCGACGCAGUUGGCCUGUUCCUGCUCACUCUGUGGCAAUCUGUGAGGGCCUGGAGGACUGGGGCGCUACAGAUCUAUCCGCCUUAUCAGACUCAGACGAUGAGGAUCAGCCUUCCCCACUGGUGGCAGGCAGGUACAGGGUCAUGGUGGAGAGCAGCAUGGCCAGCACUGAUGACAUCAUCUUUAACUGUGGCGAUGUCAUCCAGCUGAUGCACGAGGAUUCAUCAGGAAUGUGGAUGGUAAAGAAUAUUAGUCGAGGUGAAGAAGGCCGUGUUCUGCCAGAGGACUUGCACAGGAUUCUGGGAGAGGCCUACUAAGAGACAAUCAGGGUGGAGGGAAAGACGACAGUGUUCAUGAUGAGUGUACAUUGUUCUGUUUUCGUGGCUUUUUCUCGCUAAAUUAUUCCCCAAAUACCCCCCCCGAACCCACAGACCUGCAUAUUCCAUCAAUUUUCCAACAGAAUGUGGACAUCUGACCAAGCUGUGCCCAAACUGAAGCACAGCGUCAGGCACUCACUUUUCCUUUCAGACUCUGAAGGAUACAUCUCACAAGAAUGUAAAAACACAGAAUGGACCUCCGAGGACUGUAACAAUGGAAAGCACAUACAAGCCAUCUUUUUAUCUACCUUUUGCAGCAGUGAUGCAGUAGAUCAUUUGGACUGAAAGAGUUAAACAGCAGUGUUUAUUUAUAUUUACGGUGUGGACUUUUGUUAAAAUAGGUAUAUCAUUUCUAUUUUCUUAUUGGGUGUAACAGAGAGCGUUCAUGUCCGGGCUGACAUGACAUCCAUGUGCCAAACAGCUAAGCCAAUCAACACAGCUUCUACUUGUGUAAAAGUGAAGGUUACAGAACAAAAGCUUUAUGUAAUAAUUCAUUGUAGGAGCUUAUAGAUUUCAUCCGUGAAUAAAAUAAAAACAAGGUUACUCCUCUCUGUGUACAAUAGUGCAUGUUGUCUUCAGCUGCAUUUAUGUGAUACAGAGAGGGCAAAGAGAAGAGUGCCCUUCUCCAGUCUGUAACUGGGAUAUUGUUCAGCCACUUGGUGGAAAUGCUGGGAUUGGUUGCGCACUGAGUAAACAAAUGCAUAAUGCAUACCCCCCCUCCCCUGUGAAUAACAUUAAUAAUGUGGCAGCAGGAAUGGUUCAGUGUUAUAACAUUAAGAAUGGUAGCCUGCGGAUGUCUUGUCUUCAAGUUGCACCAAUGAACUGUUUGUUUAUGUCUGAGUCCUUGUGCAUUUUUAUUUUCACUUGUGGAUUAUCCAAAUCCAUAAACUGUUAAAAGUCCUGCCAAUGGUUUUACACCAUUCCACAGAGGAUACGUCAAAACAUGUUUGCAAAGUGAACGACCCUGAGCUUCUAAUCCUGCUUCUAAGCAGCGCUGUGAAUCUUGAAAUGUUCCUUGAUAUUCCUUGGGAAUGUAUUCACAUUUAUUUGGAGGGUAUUGUUUUUUAUCUAUUCAUCCUAUUUUGUUUUUAAUCAAAGAAAAUCCCUCAGGGCAGUGUUAAUGACCAAAUAUAGUUUUAAUUCCCAGUCCCUGAUUUUGCAAUGUGACACACUGAUGUAUUUCUGCAAGAGAGAGACAUCUCUAAUUUUAUGUAAACAAAAUGAGAAAUGUUGCACUGCAUGGUACAAACCUUUGAAUAGGUAAUUUACUGCGCUAAUGCUCGAUUCUUAACACAAACGGCACUCUGUUAGGAAAACAUACAACACUGGCUGUUGCUGAUGGUUUUAACUCUUUAGUUUUUUAGCCUUUAAAAAUUAAUUUGAAGGAUUUCUGCUUAUGCUGAGAAUGUCUUAUUACUUCAUGAAUUGCAGCUAAUAGUUGUUCACCUUGUCCACCAAAGUCUUUACCUUCCUUAUUUUGCAGCUCUGCAUGGACAAAAAACAGCUGCACACAUCCACUGCUUUAUAUCUGAAUGCACAGCGGAUUUCGGCCAACAGGGAAACUGUACUCGGUUAUGGAAAGUAACCGUUUGAAAAGGUUCUGUACAUUUCUGAUCAGUUACGGUUACAACAUGGUUUGUUUAAUCAACUGUAUCACUUUGUCAAAUGUAUCAAAUUUGUGGGGUCUGUCGAAUAGUAAGGUGACAAGAUGAAGGCAUUAUGGUCUUGUUGGCCAGCAGUGAGGGAAGAAUUAGGUCAUCUGAGCACUGCCACCACAUCUCUGAAAAAUCGGUGUGAUUACUGGCCAUCGCUGCUGCCUGUAGUGAACUAUGAAUAUAUACAUUUUAGACAUGAAUUUGGUUCAAUACAAGGGUCUAAAUAGGAACACUGCCCUAGGAUUGGCAAAUCCUCAUGCUCAGCUAUUAAGUGACAAAACAGAAGAUUCCCAAGAUAUUUGUUAUGUCAUCCGACUAAUCAGUUCUGAGCAUUCUGGAGGAUUGGAGUGAAUUUAACACUGAUUAAGGAAUGAUUUUCAAAGCAGUUUUCGUCCACAGUGGGACCAUUAGAGUCACAUGGUUAUUGAGUGUUGGGAUAUAUAAAAGAUAUGUGCCCACUGAUCCUUUAGAAAAAAUAACGUUUAAUUGAUUAGAAGUCCACUCAGCACUGACUAUACCGUGACAUAGGAGAUUGUAAAAUGAUUUAUUCAUUUUAUUUUGCACUGGCUUUUUCACUGUACUUUAAAAAUGUGUAUGCUGCUUAUGCUAAUUUUGCACUUUGUGGAUAUUUCAACUGUAGAGAAAGCUUGUAUGAUAACGCAUAAUGUAUAUUAUUAUUUUCUAAAAUAUAAGCACAUGAGUAUUUCAUUUGAUUCAAUCUGACUCUGGUGAUUUGUUUACAACCUUUAGAAUAGAAAAGCUCUUUGCAUAAUUACAGAGUUGCAUAGAAUCUUAACAUCAGAUAGUGGAUUUAGCUGUUUUGCAUGAUUAAACUUCCGCCCAGUGGUUUGUUGUCAUGAAAGACUCGUAACUCUUUUUGAAUGGAUCAUUUGUACAUUUAAAUUUCACUCGCUCCAACAUGCAGUUGUACAAUUGACUAUUUUUAAUGCUGCAGAGUGGCCCAUGCUGUGUCACUCAAACACAUCCAGAUUUGUUUGAGUAUUCCUACAUAAUAAUAUUUUUAUUCAAAUUAUGGAUUACCAAAAUCUCACUUGACGUUAUGCCUACUCUAAAUUUGUUUGUGAACAUGGA